AUGUCAGAAAUAAUGUGCAAAGCACUCGAUGGAUACAUUAAGUAUUGGAAGAACAGUAAAAAAACAGAUAUUUGGAAUAAUAUUCAAAGUAUGCCAUUAAGCAUUUUAGGAAUGAAAACUUUAUUUGACCAUAUGCUAUGUAGGAAAGACAUAACGGAUAGCAUACAAUACAAUUCCCUAUACUAUAAAGGAUUUCUAAAGGACAUAGUCAAUUAUAUUAAGGUAUAUGGACCAAUCAUAUAUAUGCAUAAAGAUGUAUAUGUUAAGGACUAUUCUAACAUAAAAAAAGAAACUCUUGGUGAUAUAUUAAGUAACAAAGAAGUAAAUAUAUAUUACUGCUGCUGUGGUAUAGGCAGCCAGAUGAGCACAGAGGGAAAAAAAGAAGAAGAAAAAGAAAAGGAAAUUAGGAAAAAUUUAAAUGCAAUUCUUUACAUGCCAGAAGUGUAUGAAGACUUCUAUAAUUUGCCGCAGAGUAUAGUUAAUGAGUUCUUCCGGCUCUUUAAAAAAGAAUUAAAUAAAAUUAAAGGUAAAAAUUGUCUUCUAGUAGACAAUGAAGACUUUUCUAAUAUAGAUAUACUAAACCUAGAAGCAAUUAUAAUAUAUCUUUUAGGCACGGUGCAAAAAAACAAAGUAAUAGCAAAGCAAGCAUAUAAGAAAAUUAUUGCUAAUAAUGAAGGUAUAAGUGAUUAUGACGCAGUGAAGAUAUAUAAGCUAGUUUACAUGAAUGUUCAGCUAUUCUAUAAGUAUUUCUGGAGUAUAUACAAACUAGAUUUAAAAAAAAGCGAUAGAAUUCAAGAUAGAGGUGCAUGCUUAUUUGAGUCUAUGACUACUUACAAGGAAUAUAAUAAAAUACUAGGCAGUUCCGCUGUUGCAACACAAAAGUAUUUAAAAUCUGUUCAGGCAUUAAAGGAAAUAUGUAAAAUAGAAAAUGGGCAUUCUAUCCAAAUGAUUUAUAAGAUGUGCAAUGGUAAAUUAGCUGUUAAUAGAGAAUAUGUGGUGCUAAGUAUUAAAGACCACUAUCACAUACAGUUUGUAGAUAAUGAACGGCAUACAGUUGAGAUGAUUCAUCUUCCAGUAUAUACUUAUAUAGACAAAAGUGGCAUAACUAUAAAGUGUCAGUUUCACACUAUUAAGGAUAUAGUAAAUCAUUUAAAAGAUGUAUUUAAAAUAGGAGAAAAUAAUAGAGAUGAUGUAAAUAAAGAAAAUGUACACCCGUUUAAGUACAAUAGAAAGGACUGUACGUGGUCUUUGAUAACAGAAAACUCUGAUUUAGAUAGAACUGUGCAGAUAAUAGAAGAAGAGAACUGUAAUGUAGUUUUCUACUACAUAAAAGAAAAUAUAUACUUAGAAGAAUUCUGCUUUGCUCAGUUCAUUUAUCCGGAUCACAUACAAGAUGAAGUUAAAGAUGAUAACAUCAACAAGCCAAGAAUACCUUUAUUUUUGACCAAGUUUAUAGGUACUGGUUAUACAAUUGGCCCCUAUGACAAGAAUAAAAUUAAAUAUGAAACAUCUAAGAUAAAAGAGUAUAAAAACUUAAUGCCAACUAGCUACAUACAAGAAUAUCCCAAUGAAUCAGAUACUAAUCUAUUAGUAGGCAAUGAUGAAGAAAAAAUACUAAAUUUUGCUAUUAAACACUAUUAUAGCGAUUUCUUUAUACAAUAUUCUACAGACCUAUAUGAAGACUUAUACUGCUAUAGUAUGAGUGUUAAGCAAGAAAUUAAUGAACAAUACGACUGUACAGUUAUAUCUUGGAAUACAAGAAUGUACAACAGUGUAUAUGAGUAUACAACAUACAGUUUUGAUAGUGAUAUAAAAGAUGAAAGAACCUAUAUGAGUGCUAUUAAUCAGCCGGCUCACGCCUCUUUCAUUGAUAUGCUACAACGAAAAAAUCCUUCUACCAACAUGGCAAUGUACGGCCACUGUUUCUAUAAAAAUAGUACUGAUAUUAACUACAAAAAUAAUCCUCUGUUCUGUCUUACCAUGAAAGAGUUACUAGAAAGAACAAAUUCCUAUUCAUUCGAUCCAAAUAAAACAGAUACAGAAGUGAAAGACUCUAUACAUGCAACAGCAAUAAAUCCAGAAAAAACCAGCACAGAAUUUAACCCAAAAGAUAUUUCUGAAAUGAUUCAAGGCACAAAACUUAAAGAAAUUAAAGAAAGCAAAGAAGGACUCAUAUCUAUAAGAGACAAUAAUCAUAAUGGCUGUAAAUACGGCAUUCACCACGAUAUUUUUAAUGCCUUAAACUAUCCAGGAUUAUAAUUAUUAGCACAUUUUUGUUCUUCUUAAUGAUACAUAAUAAGAGUGUGGUGACACCGCCACUCAAGCGCGCAGGCCCGAGGCCGAUUCCCCAAUGCGUCUCCGCGCGCGGUGAUACUGCCUCAACAAAAGACCAGAAUCUAAGAAUCACUGAUCAACUUAGGACUAUAUAAGUAGCACGCACUCAACAAAGAAUGGGCAAACUAAUAGAAGAACCACGGGAAACAUUUACCAAAAAGCUCAGCGCCAAUAGCGCCACAAGGACUCCGCGUCCGCACACAUCCCAAUAUUCUAAUAAUCAUAAUAAAGGGCAUCCCUCAAUA